AUGGGUGCGUCUACGAUGCUAUCUAAGCUCCAACACUGGGAGCGCCUCGUGCGGUCGUCGAAUGAGCCGGGGAAUGUUCAACCUCCGACCACUUUACUUCCGGUGCAACCCCGCGAACCCGUGAAUGAGGCAGCUACCAGUCAUGACAGUUAUGAUAUAGGCCAAUUAAAGAAUCUAACAAACGAGAACGACCUUGAUUCUGUUAUUGAGGGCUACGCGCGGGGGAUUAUGGCCGUGACCGGCCAAAAAGAUAUUGCGUUCUGGAUCACUACUCGCCCAGAAGUAUGGGAAAUUGACAGGCUAGUCAUUGUAGCACAAGGGUCAGCAGACAGCCCAAAUCUGAAGUGGGACGCCUUUGUUACCCCAGUUCGAGACCACAAGGAAUGCCCAGAAGCAGUGGAGUUCGCGCUCUGCCUCGUGCAUGGGGCCAACAUGCAGGCGGAUUUAGCGGGAUUUAUUCGAUUGGCAUUAUGUAUUGAUAUCCAAUCUUCGACGGCCAGUUUUGUUUACCAAGCAACGGGGGAACGGCUGACGAACAUCCGAGAAAUUGGGCGGCGGCUGGAGUCAUAUUUAUCAGGAAGUGAAAGCCGAGAGGAUGGUGUUCAAUUCUGGAGAAGCAAUCUCCAGCAAUUUGUCGGUAUCUGUGAAAGACAGUUCCCAACACUGUCCUGCGUGCGCAUGGCACAGACGACUGAAGAUGCGCCAACAGUGUCGCAAACCCUCUCAUUGGGGACAUCCUGGGAAGAGCUUCACAGUCUGACAGCGAAACUUCAGCUACAGUCAAUUGGCACGCUGAUUCGUGCUUCAUUCGCAUAUAUUCUGUCAGAAUAUCUUGAAUCUGACCGGGUUAUACUGGGUGAAAUGAACUCAGGAGAUAGCACAUCCGCCCUCUCAAACUCCAGGACACCACUACCAAUCCUCAUCUCGCCUCAGGAUACAGCGGAAGACCUUUUGCGGAAGAUUGAUAACUUCGUUACGCUCUCAGCGACAGUGGCUACCGCACCAGAAGAGCUGGUUCGAGAUAUCCUGCGAUGCCCUCCGUGCCAGGCUCCAUUCCAUGCACUCUUUACCGAUCAUGUAAACGUGUGCUGUGAUGAGGUUGUGCGGACAGAUUUACGAUAUCCACAAUCUGAAGCCACGAAGCCCCCCAUUUCAUUACGCGUUGAGCAUUCGGAGGGUACCCUGUCCUGCAUUCUUUCAGCCAGGACCGGUUUGAUGGACAAUGUGCACCUAGAACUAGUGCUUCGACAGAUCGACGCGAUGGUCACUGCGAUAGUUAGUAACCACACAGAACUAAUCAUUGGCCUAACUCGAGUAUUCCCUGAUAGCCUUCUUUCCUCAUAUACACCGGUGGUGAGUGAACAGUUAAAGCAAGCACCGAAACUACCACCAUCUUACUGGGUUGAUCACUGGGCUACGUCGAACCCGAGCUGGCCAGCCUUGGAGGUCAUUGAGUCGAUUAGUGAGAAUGGAAUUCAGUCUCAAAGGUGGACAUACGGAGAGCUGUCGCAGACCUCUGACCGGCUAUCUACUUGGCUGGUCAGUCGGGGCUGGUGUAAUAGCAUGAUUGGGGUUUGCCUUGGCCGCUCGUUCAUUGCGUAUGCCUUGGUGCUAGCGAUUUGGAAGAGUGGCAAUUGUUAUAUACCCAUCGCAGAAGAUCUUCCUGAAGCGCGCCGUGUGCUUCUGCUUAGUGACAGCGGUGCUACGGCCUUGUUUACGGACAAGGAUUUUUUGGGCAACGUAGUCCCCCCAGAGGGCUGCGAAGUGAUCGAUAUUAAUAGCCCCCAGCUCCACGACGAACUGGACGCCAUCGAGGACAUAGCUGUGGUUGAUGCAACAUCGUCAGACAAUUGUUACCUUCUCUACACAUCCGGAUCUACCGGGCUGCCUAAAGGAGUCUUGGUCAGUCGUGGAAACCUCUCCGCCUUCACAGAGGCUCAGUCCGAAUAUAUCUGUCGGGAUGUGCCGGACACGCGGAAACUGGGAGGGGUAGGGAGUUAUUUGGCGCACGCCAGUCGAGCAUUUGAUGUACAUAUAUGUGAGAUGGUGCUGGGGUGGCGGCAUGGGCUUCGUCUAGUGACCGCGCCCCGGACUAUGCUGCUCGAUAACUUGAACUUCGUGCUCACCCGAUGCCGCAUAUCCCACGCCGGAUUUGUGCCAUCACUCCUCGAGCACACUGGGAUUAGUGCGGAGGAGUUGCCCGAUCUUCGAUACCUGGGCGUUGGUGGUGAGAAAAUCUCCGAGACGAUUAUUGAACGUUUUGUUGGAAAACCCACGAUUGCUCUGGUAAAUGCAUACGGGCCAACAGAGGCCACAAUAGGGAUAACUAGCCACACAGUGACUCCCUCCUCGACUGUCCGCAACAUUGGGUCAGCCGUGGGCAAUAUUACAUUGCACGUCCUUGAGCCGGAAACCAACGAUUAUGUGAAGCGAGGCCAGGCAGGCGAGCUUUGUGUGACGGGAGAUCUUGUCGCGAAAGGCUACCACCGGAGACCUGAUGCCAAAGGAUUUACCGAAUUUCACGGGCAGCAGAUGUAUCGGACUGGAGAUAUUGUGCGCCUGAUGGCCAACAAUUGCGUUGAAUAUCUUGGCAGGCGAGACAGCCAAGCGAAGGUCCGUGGCCAGCGCCUGGAACUUGAAGAGGUCUCCAUUGCAGUUCGAAGAUGUGCUGACAGUCCAGUCAAUGUCACGUCAAUAGUGACUCCCUCGCCGAUCACGAAGCGGUCUCAGUUGGUUACCUUCAUCAGCCCUGCCAGUGAUCGACUAGUAAGCACCACCGCACAACCGACAUUUGUGAAGGAUCUAUACCAGGAAUGGGUGCCGCAAAUCUUGGAGCGUUGCUGUCAACAGCUGCCAGUCUACAUGGUCCCGAGUGUUCUGCUUCCUGUCAGCUUUAUACCAAUUCAGAUAUCAGGCAAAGCGGACAACCGCCGCCUGGUGGCUCUGUAUGAAAGUAUACCUGCGUCAGAACUCCUGCACGAGACAAGGCGGUCUCCAGUUACAGACCCUGGGCAAAGCUUGGAGCCGGGCGAAGCAAUCCUGACGACGGAGGAACAGCAAAUCCGUGAUAUUAUUUGUGCAGUAGCAUCGGCAGAUGGUAGCACUGUCACUAAGGCAACAUGCAUAUUCCAGCUGGGAAUUGACAGCCUCAGCUCCUUGAGUGUGGCAGCCCAGAUGCGCAAAGCUGGUUAUAUCUGUUCCGCAGCAGACAUUCUCCGCAACGAUACGAUCGUGCAAUUGGCAUCUUUACCCAGGCAUCUUGAUAGCUCAGACCAGAGCGAUGAAUCCGAUGCUAUGCAGCUACUAGAGACCCUUGACCAAAACUUCCGACGAAUGCAGAAGCCCAUCCCGAACGCAUCAAUUGCCGUAGUCCGACCGUGUCUCCCUCUUCAGGAAAGCCUCGUCUCUAGAUCCGUGGAUAAUGCGAUAGCCCUGUACGUUAAUCAUAUGAUGUUCCGGCUGGGACCUUCUGCAACACUUGAGGGGCUGAGAUCGGCAUUUGAGGACUUAAUCCACGAGAAUGAAAUCUUCCGCACAUGCUUCCACGUUAUGAAUAAGAGCGUCGUGCAGGUCGUGUUGAAACCUCGAGCGGCUCAGAUGCCCUGGGAAUCGGUGGCUGUUUCGGAUGAACAAGCUGCGCAGGACUAUUUCACUAAAUGUCAAGCAGAAGUCGCAUCUAAGAUUGUUGCUAACAUAGAAAGACAUCCUCCACUUCAUAUCCUCGCUGCUUCAUCUACCGGGAACAACCCCUCGGGGUGGCUGAUGCUGUCCAUCCACCAUUCUAUCUUCGACGGUGCCAGCGUGGGCCUCCUCCUUAACCGUCUUUACCACCAUUAUACUGGGGAGACAUCUAUGCACACCAUAAAUCUCACUCCCCUUUACCGGCACUUCGUGACUGCUGCCGAGACAGAAGCUGAACAAUACUGGACUAGCUACCUCUCCGGGUGCCGUCCUACCAUCGUUCCUACAGAGAGCUUGAUCGAUAGUUCAUAUAGUAUAAUCACGGAGAAACUACCGUGGAAACUAUCUGCAUUAUCAGGCCUUGCUUCUGGAUUAUCAACAACAGUAUCCUUACUCUUGGAAACGAUCUGGGCAAUUGCAUUGGCUCAGUGUUUAGGUCAACCUGACGUUAUGUUUGGCCGGAUUCUGAACGGCCGAGGCAUACCAGUGGACUCUGUAGAGGCAAUGCUUAUCCCACUCGUAACUACGGUCCCUGCUCGAAUUCGCCUUUCAUCUAGCACCCAAAGCCUCAUUGAGCUCAUAAAAACACAUACUCGAGAUAGCCUGGGGUCCUUGCCUUACCAACACACUGCGCUCCGUGCUAUCCAAAGAUAUGUUCAAGCUCCAGGCCCAUUAUUCAAUUCUAUGUUCUCUUACCUCGUUAUUGGUCCACUAUCACCAGCCGAAAGCUUGCUAGAAGAAAUGGACAGCGUGAUGGAGGUGGAUUACCCCCUCGCACUAGAGAUCAGGGCUGAAACCGAGGCAGACGCUAUCACUUUCCGGUUGAGGACUGCUAGCGAUCCUUCCUUAGCUCAAGGCGUCCGCGCUAUCAUUAACACCAUGACGAUUCUGCUGCACAGCCUGACAUCUAAUGGGGACGCAGUCGUCAGUGGGCCGGGCUUAGUUCAACCGCAAGUGCGAGAGCUGGCAAAAUGGGACGAAAGCCAGUGGACUGGUGGUGAAAUUGGAAUCCGUGACAUCGUAUCCAAGACAACCGGGCUGUCCGAAUCUCAAAUCUCGAAGAAUAGCUCUUUCUUUGCCUUAGGAAUUGAUUCCGUGAUCUCCAUUCGGCUUGCUCGAUCCUUACAAGAACGAGGUUUCAAAGCGUCUUCUAGCGAUAUCUUGAAAUAUCCAUCUAUUGGUGCCCUCCAUCAUCACUUGCAGAACACUGCUACAGUAGCUUCUAAGCCAGAAGAGGAGGAGACAAGGUUGGACCCGAACACAAAGAUUGAACUCUUCCACGCAGAUGACUCAAUUAUUGAAAUUUAUCGUUGCACGUCAUUGCAGACAGCCAUGAUAGGCCAGUGCUUAAGCUCGAAAGGCAAAGACUAUGUCUACCACCACGUUGUCACUCUCGAUAACUCUGUCGACCUUAACCGACUGGCUACUGCAUGGCAACAGCUUGUUGGACAAGUUGAUAUCCUGCGAACCUCGUUCCACAGACCCGAAUCAAGCCAUGAAUUCUUGGCCGCAGUCCACCAGUACCCGUUAGUGCAAUGGUCCUAUAGGCUGGAGGAAGAAUCGUUCUCCAAGGCCAUCGAACAAAUAUUCCACCAGGCAGGGUAUCCGGAAAUAGAAGGAUUCCAAAGGCCACCGUGGAAUGUCACCAUUCUUUCUCAGGGCUCCCAUCGGGCAAUGGUCGUGACAAUGCAUCACUGCCUCUACGAUGGAGUUUCUCUACCCCUUCUGUUUUCUUGUCUAGAGGAGAUCUAUCUAGGAACACAAGUCACUGUCGGGUCAUUUGCAUCUGCUGCCCGCGCGAUUGCAAGCAUACAGGAAACAUCCGUCCCAUUCUGGGCCAAGACCGUUUCAGGCUACCGAUAUUCUGGGCUUCCAGUUUCACCAGACUCUGUAAUAGGAUCUCAUGCACAAUGGGCAGAGGUGAAGGUGGAGUGUCCAAUCGCUACCUUGCAACGCCAAUGCGGCUCCCUGGAAGUUACAUUACAGACCGUCGCCUUGCUCGCAUUUGGAAGGUCCCUGGCACUGUUGUUAGGCCAGCGAGACGUGGUAUUUGGUCAUGUCGUUUCUGGGCGUGCCCUGGAUACUGGUUCCACUGGAUUUAUCAUCGGACCCCUAUUGAACACUGUGCCAUUCCGCCUGACACUCGAUCCAAUCCUCCAGAAUACCCGUUCGGUUUUGCAGCAUAUCCAACGCUUCUGUGCGGACGCGCUACACCAUCAGCAUGCAUCAUUGGGUCUAAUCCAGAAUAGCUGGCGCUUAGCCAGUCAAAAUGCCAGUCCUUCGCUGUUCGAUGCACUUUUCUCCUUCAACAAGGCAGAAGGCCCGGUCGGCACACCCUUAUUCCAGCCGUACCUGUCUGGGCGCGUGCUGGAGUCUCCUCAUUAUAGGCUGAAUGUGGAAUUUGAGCAGAAGCCAGACGCCCUUGUAAUACGCGCGUCCUGUCGAGAUAUUCUAGCUGGGAAGGGUGAGCUCGAGAACUGGCUACAAACGCUCGCUCUUAGCCUGGUCGACAUAGUCUCGUCUCCGGACGCUCCAGUACUGAGAUUUCCUUCCGAGCUUAGUGCCCUGCCACUAUUUGCUUGUCAUCCGCAAGGCGCAAAUGGAAAGGCUGCUGGAAUACCGGCGUCAGAGGAGCAUGUAGGUGCCAUCAAAGACAUACUUGCAAGAGUUACAGGAACGCCGGCCGACCAGAUCCAAGAGAAUAGCAGUAUAUUCACUCUCGGUGUUGACUCUAUUCUAGCGAUAGACAUCAGUGCAAAAUGCCGAAAUGCCCAGCUAAAGCUAUCAGUUAGUGACAUUCUCCAAGGAAGGACCGUUGAGGGCAUCGCAAGACUUGCUGCCAAAAGCCCCGUCAUCUCUUCCAACCCCACAAAGCCUAUUACUGCUGGAAAGUCUCUCAUUAGCUCAGAAGUAAGGGAAAAGGCACUGGCUGCCUUGUCCUUAACUGAAGGGGAUGUUGACGCUGCGCUACCUUGCCUAAGUGGUCAGCUUUUCUACAUCUCGCGUUGGCUCCAGAGUGGCCGACGACUGUGGGAAUUUACAUUUGCUUUCCAAAGCCGCGUUCGACUUGAUCAAAGACAGCUCCAGAUCGCCUGGACUCAGCUCAAACAGAGACAUAGUAUUCUUCGCACAUCAUUUGCAGCCGUGUCUGCGGAUGAAAUUGUGCAGGUAGUAUCCAAAUCCUCCAAGACGAGUGGAGAGAUCCAAGUCGACAGCGACCCAUCUGCAGAAAAUCUCCAGCUGUUUGUACAAUAUCUGGUCUAUCAGCUUUCUGGAAAUCCAUCUACACUUUUGACACCUCCUGCAAGGCUCCGCUUGGUGCAACACCGCGACGCCGACAUUCUUCUACUCACCCUUCAUCAUGCCUUGUACGACGGUUGGUCAAUCCCAAUCCUGAUAAGAGAUCUCGAAGCGUUAUAUCUGAAGGUAUCCCUGCCCGCUCCAGCUGACUUCAGCUCGUUUGUUCGUCAGGCCCAGCGGACACCGGAUGAAAAACACUACAAAGCAUAUUGGGAACCUGCUCUCAGCAUGGGCCAGUCCACAAUCUUAGGAUCGAGCGCGUCUAAUACUCAGGACUUCCAACAUCUCAAAUCAUCUCAAUCCCUGUAUCCCCAAGAGCUCAGUGAAGUCGAGUGUUUAUGUAACCGCAAAGGCAUGUCCAUGCCCACGCUUAUCCUUUUGGCAGUGAGCCGCAGUCUGGCGCGAAUCGCAGGUGUCACCCAUCCUACAUUCGGCCUCUUCCAUUCGGGGCGUUCAAAUGAGUUUGCCAACAUACACAACUUGGCUGGUCCCACGGUGAACAUGUUGCCUUUCGUUGUUCAGGACCCCCUCUUAGGCUCCGUAACCUCUUGUGCUCAGGCUAUUCAGCACGACCUCGGCCAACGUGCUCUCUUUGACCAGACGGAUUUACGACACCUCCUCCAUAUGAUGAAGAUAUCUGGCUACGACCUUCAGUUUAAUGUCCUGGUGAACAUCGUCUGGGGGAGACUGAGGGAUGGGUCUUUUCAAGACUCCGUGGAUCCCCUAUUAACGCCUGUUCCGAUCGAUGGUAGUGGCGAUCUCGUUAAGGAGUCACCAUCUGUUGAGAACACCUCUGUUGAUGAGUUGAAUUGCCACGAGCUGCCAUGUCGUAGUAACCUACUACUCGAUGCGAGUUACAGCGAGGCAGAUGAUGCGUUGCUAUUGAAGAUUGACUAUACACCGGAUUUGAUAUCGUCACGGGAAGUUCAGGACCUUCUGGAUAGUAUUGGAAAGGAGAUUGAUCAGGUUAUUCGGGAUCUCUGA